ACUUUUUAAAGUUUUGCGUAAUCUUAAGGGAUAGCAAAGGUAAUACAUUAUCCUUUAACUACCGUUAUUAAUUAUUUACUUUUGUUACCAUGGAGACUAACGCGACGCUGAUAGAGUGCUGUCGGAGCGAUACCGGACAGCAUGUCUUUUCUUUUCUUAUCAUGGGCGCGCCGAGCCCAAGUAGCCUUCCGAAUUAUGUAGCCUUUCUGCAGAGGCAUCACGUGAAACACCUUGUACGAGCGUGCGGCCCGACCUACAAUUCCCAGCUUGUUGAGGAGAGCGGUAUUCAGGUUCAUAGCCUGGGCUUCGAUGACGGUGCUCCCCCCACACAGGCGGUGGUGAACAAAUGGCUUGAUCUCCUUUCACAGGAAGCAGGCCAAAGUCCCCCGCCGACAAUAGCUGUCCAUUGCGUCGCCGGCCUCGGCCGUGCCUCGAUUCUCGUAGCACUGGCCCAGGUGGAAUUUGGAAAUAUGGUUCCCCUAGAUGCGAUCGGGUACAUCCGGGAGCGGCGAAAAGGUGCGAUUAAUCAGGUUCAGCUACAUUGGUUGAUGAGAUACAAGCCGCGGUACCAGAGGUCUGAGAGUUCUUUAGCAUGCACUAGUUGUUCAGUAGUAUGAAAAAGGUGUAGAGUUCAAAUAUAUUUCCCCUUGGCUUACUUAUGAAGCUUUUAUCACACAUUCCGAAGAAGUAUUCAGUUUGUUAUUUGUAUUGCUUUAAUGUCCUUCCUCUUUAUUUUUGAAGGCUUGUAUAUUUUAAUGUUUAUAACGUAGCAAACCUAUUUUUCAUCGGGCUUGAUAAUUCACCCUGAAAAAUAUUGUUCUUACACUUCUUCUUCUUAACACAAUCAUUUAUGUCUGUGGCUGCUUUUGAAA